AUGGCCAGCUCAUCCCUCCACACUCUCCUCCUCCUCUCCGACUCCGCCCUGCCGCUUGGCUCCUUCGCCUUCUCCUCCGGCUUGGAAUCCUUCCUCGCCCAUAAGAAGCUCUCGACAACCCAUCUCUCUUCCUCGGCCUCCGCCAAGCUCCAGGCCUGCGAAAAAUUCCUAGAGGAGGCUCUCCACAAUGUCUCCUCCACGGCCUUGCCUUAUGUCCUAACCGCCCUCCGGCAUCCGGAUCGACUGCACGAUCUCGACAACGAUUUCGACGCCUCGACUCCGUGUACUGUGGCACGGCGGGCAAGCAUUGCACAGGGCCGCGCAAUGGUGCAGAUAUGGGAGAGAGCGUUGUCCGACUCGGCCCUUGCCGGGACACCUGCUGCAGGAGAGGUUGCUCGAUUUGCGGUGACUUUGAAGGCGAAUGUACCAGAUGAGUUUGGCCUGCAACCUAACGGGCACUUCGCGCCGCUUUUCGGGGCUGUCUGCGCCGCUCUCGAUGUAUCCGAGUAUGACACGAGUUACCUGUUCCUGCUCAACCAUGCGAAAGCCGUGCUCUCCGCCGCGGUCAGGGCCAGUGUGAUGGGCCCGUAUCAGAGCCAGGCUGUUCUUGCGGGCGCGAAGCUGCGGGCGUGUCUCGGUACAUGCCUCGAGAUGCAGUCCCGGCGAAAUGUGCGAGGUGUUGAAGAUGCGGCGGUGGUUGUGCCUCUUCACGACCUUUGGAUGGGACGGCAUGAGCUGCUGUACUCACGCAUCUUCAAUUCGUAG